UGGUGAUAAUAUGAGAGAAAUCACACGACACAAAGGUGGUUCAGUGCUGUUACCCUGCUCCUGCUCUGACCUCAACACCAAACCUCAGAAAUUCACCUGGGAGACCGACAGAACAGGACAUCUGACAGAAAUGUUAAAUGAUGAGCACUACCGUGGCAGAUUUCAGCUGUUUAAUAACAUUUCUCCUGCUAAUCUGUCUCUGCUCCUAUCUGACCUGAGAGAAGAGGAUGAUGGAGUCUACAGGUGCAGAACUGAGAGGGAACACAGAGACAUCACGCUUUAUGUUAAAGGCUGUGAGCUGGUGAAGGCAGGGUUAGAGGCGGUGACUGGGUUCACAGGAGAGUCUGUAGUUCUGCCCUGUGUCUGCACUGACCUACAGGACAAACCAAAGUCUGUAAAAUGGGCGUUUACAAUAGAAUCUGGAACAAAUUAUCAGGAAAUUUACCCUGAACAGACUGGACAUCACAGGAACAGAGUCAAACUGGUCAGUAAAAUCCCUUCAGGAAACCUCUCUCUACUCAUAUCAGACCUGACUGAAGAGGAUCAGGGAGAUUACAGAUGUUCUGCACAGGCUGAUCACAAAUAUUUCAGACUAUCUGUUAAAGUCAGAAGAAGGGAAACUUCAACACGCUCAAGCAAAACAGACACAACACCUCCAUCAGAACCAACAACACUGGAACAAGAUAAACAGCAAACACGCAGCAGCCUCCCUAUAGUUUUUGGCAUUCUGGCGGUUUUAUUGUUGGUGAUACCUGGUGUAGUGACGUUUAUUUGUUGGAGACGUAGAGGAGGAAGAUGUGGAGAGAACAGGAUGACUGAAGAACGUCCAGACUGGAAGAGAAAGCAGGAGGAUCAGACUGGACCAGAUGUUACUUACUCCACUGUAACCCACAUUAACACAGCUGGAGCAGCGCGGGUUCAGAUCAACGCUGGAGAGGAAACUGAAUACGCCAGCAUUAUAACAAACUAAUCCACAGUAAAUAUCGAUCCAUUCUCAGAUAUUGUAGAAUAAUGCUGAAAACAUAUAUUAAAUACACACAAGGUUCAAGCAUCAGCUUCACAAUAUUGGCUUUUUUGUGAUUAUUAUUUUGCUGUUAGAAAUCAUAUUCACAGACAUGGAUGGGGGCGGGGUUUCCAGAGUAUUGCGUUACCUUUACUUAGCUAACAUAAGUGUAUUCUUCGUUUGCAACCAUGUGACCAAAACUGCUUGCGUCAUUGACCACCGCCAUGUUGGAGGAUCUACAAUAUACACAUCGAUACACAGUGGUAAGACAUACAGUGGAAAGAGUACAGACUGGAAGCUAAAGAGGAGUUAUAAAGCUUGUCCAUCAGAGUCCUACUGUAUUCUUAAUUUGAUCUCAAUUCAGUUCUGCAUGAUUACAACAAUAACAGUUAUAGCAAAGCUUGUCAUUUCUCAACUUUAUUUUAAAAACAAUUUUGACUGCUUUAAAAAGAUGGGUAUCCCACACACUAUAUAACAGAUUUAGUUAUAAAAGAGCACUCACCAGGCGAGGAGGCUGCACACUGCAAAAAAUGAUGUCUUAGCAUGUGAAAAUAUCUUGAAUAGUUGAAAUGCUCUAGCAUUUCCUAUUAGAAGAAUACAAGACACCAAUUCUGAGAUUAUUAAACCUAGUUCUAGAUUGCAAUCAACUUAUUCUAAGAUGUCUUAUCAAGUAAAAAUAUCUGUCCAUGCAGCAAGAUAAUUUCACUAGUAUCAAGUAAUUUGCUCCUCAAAUUCAUUUUUCAAUUUUUUUGCAGUGCAGUAUCUGAGGUAGUGGAUUAACAUGAAUCUUGUUCGAUUGACUGUGAUUGUUUGGGAAGAUUGUUCAAUAAUUGUGUUUCUUUCUGCACUCUAAGCCUAGCAUUUCGAGCUACUGCUUUAGUACCAUCUUUGAUUUUGUUGUGGCUCAUAUUUUGUGUUGGAGCCCAGUCUGGAUCUGUAAAAUUGGAGAGAUCAGCUGGUUUCCCAAAUGGAAAGAAAAAGUAAAAUAAAAGCAGCAGCAUCAAAAAUAUAGCUCUUUUUAAAAUGAAAUAAUCGUAGAAGCCUUUGAUUGUCGGCUCACGCACUCGAUGAUUACGGCUUUGUCACGUUUGAUAGCGGCAAGUUUCUGCACGACCAGGCUAUUAAACGAUCCAAUAUUUCUUAUAUAUUAUGAUCUUUCAUGAAUAACUAGUUUGUAGCACUUACCAUUGAUAAAAUGUUCACUGCAGACUCGUGGCUUUUGUUUUCUUAUCACUUAGAUCAGUUCAGUUUAUGUUGGACAGCCAUUGAUGUCUACUCUCCGUGGAGAACUCUCCUGUUUUUUUUUUCCUUGAUUAUUUAUAAUUGCUUGAAUUCUCAAGAACUUACAAGUCAUCUUGUCUCGAAUAGAGUUGUGCCUGCAUCCAUUUACAGCACAAAGAAAGCACAACUUUAUUCAUCACACACUUGUGAAAUUUCCUCUCUGCAUUUAACCCAUCUGAAGCAGUGAACAUGCGCGCGCGCGCACACACACGAGCAAUGAGCACACACCUAGAGCAGUGGGCAGCCAUGCUAACAGCGCCCGGGGAGCAGUUGGGAGUUACGUGCCUUGCUCAAGGGCACCUCAGUCCAAUACCAUCCCAUAUUAACCUAACUGCAUGUCUUUAGACUGUGGGGGAAACCGGAGCACCCGGAGGAAACCCAUGCAGACACGGGAAGAACAUGUAAACUCCGCACAGAAAGGCCCUCGACGGCCGCUGGGUUCGAACCUAGAACCUUCUUGCUAUGAGGCGACCGUGCUAACCACUACACCACCGUGCCGCCCACGGCCAGAGUAGGCAUAGUGAAGAAACAAAAGGCAUUCUUUAGCGUAAUAACCUCUCAAGCAUAUCUUCUAUCGUACAGUAAAUGUGCGCCACGUGAAUUUGUGUAUAUCCUCCAACAUGGCCCACUUCUGGUUCAAAGCCUCAUGCAUAAUUAGCUAUGACGUCACAUGCAAACGAAGAAUUGUUCUGUAUUGUCUGUCUGUUAAUCAUUUAAAAAUUGCUGAUGGACAGUCUUGCAAGUUAUGUUUUGAGUGUACAUGUCAUUUUAGAUCUUUUUGUGUCCCAUUCUUAUAGCAGGUUAAGAAAUGAAAGUUCUAGAAGCAUAAUCCUGUUUUGUGUAAGAAGACUCCUAUACAUGUUCUGGUUUGUGACUUUCAUGGAAAGUUUGAUGUCUCCUGACUUCAAAUCAAUCAAAUUUCAUGAAUUCUUCUUUCAAUCUUAAACUCCAGCAAAACUUUGUGUCUCUCCAACUUAUUUUUCCCAUCUGCAAAAUAUUUUCAAAACUAUUGAAUACAGGUUCAAAAUGAAACAAAAUGAUAUUUUUGAAAGUGUGAAUCAGUGUGUAAAGCCCUACCUGUUCACCGAGGACUUAAAUUAGCAAAUACUUGUAUUGUCUUUUUCAUGAGGAACGAACCUCUCAACACUGUGUUUAAUCUGAUGAGACCCUUAGUCCCUGUCCUAGUGAAAUAACAUGAGGAUGUGUUUUUGAGAGACUUCUGUAAGCACUUCUAUCGGUCAUUUACAUUUAUGGCCAAAUGGCAUUCAUGUAAAUGUUCGUGUGAAACUUUUUUUAGUCUUUUUUUUUUUUUUUUUUAGUGUGCUUGAUCGAUACCUUACAUGCAUAGUGUGUCGAUGUACAGUAUGUGGCGAAUAUAUUUAUACUUUUUGUCACAUUCUUGGAAUUAACAUGGUUUCAUCAUGUGUUUUUGAACAUUCCCUCUGAAAUCUGUGUAUUUUUGUUUUAGUGGACUAUAUUCCAGUGUUUCUACAAACCCUAAUUCCAAAAAAGUUGGGAUGCUGUCUGAAACCUCAAUAAAAAGAGAAUGUGAUGACUUGCAAGUCAUGGAAACCCUAGAUGUCAUUGAAAAUAGUACGACAUCAUAACUGUUGAAAUUGAGAAUUUUUAUUGUUUUUUGAAAAGUAUCUGCUCAUUUUGAAUUUGAUGCCAAUAACACAUUUAAAAAAAAAUUGGGACAGAGGCACGGUUACCACUGUAUUGUAUCACCUCUACUUUUAAUAACAUGUUUGGGAACUGAGGAGACCAAUUGCUGUAGUUUUGAAAGUGAAAUUUUGUCCCAUUAGUGCCUGAUAUAUAAUUUCAGUUGUUCAGCGGUUGCUCAACUGGCAUGGACUGAAGGCAGGCCAGUUUAGCGCCCAGACUUUUUUUUUUACUAUGGAGCCAUGCAGUUGUAAUACCUGCAGAAUGCGUUUUGGCAUUGUCUUGCUGAAACAAGCAAGGCCUUCUAUGAAAAGUUGCUGAUGUUAAUGUUAGCUGAUAUUAGUGGGUUUUUUUAUCAUUGUGUUCUGAAUGAUAAGGUGUUCAUGUUGAGAGAGAGUCUUUGCUAGUGUUCUGGUAGAUAAGGUGAUUUUGAGGUGUGUUGUGCAUCUUGGAUGUGAGGUUAACUGCUGUAAUGAUAAAGUGAAGAAUUUGAUAAAUUUUGUUGUUUUUUGAAACAACAGUUGAUAAAGUGAAGAAUUUUGAAAAAGUGAAUUCAGUAAUGAGAAAUGUAGCCUAUGUCACCAGCUGUAAAAAAUAAAAAUAAAAUAAAAAUAUUGUAA